AUGCAAGCCCUCACGCGCACAAUAUAUGCACUCUUUUGCCUCCUGCUUACUAUCCCCAUUACCUUCGGCUCUCCGUUCCAGCUUGAGCCUCGGAGAAGAAUGUUGAAGAAAGUUACCAGAAUAAAACAGCGACGACCUACAUAUGCCAUUGCUCACAUGGUCCUUGACAGGACUGGAGUCAAGGAUGCCAUAAAACACGGUGCCAAUGCGCUCGAGAUUGAUGUUGCGGCGUAUAAGGAAGGUUGGUGGGCCGACCAUGAUACCAAGGCAAAGAGUAAGGGAUGGUCCUUGGAGAAUCUGUUCCAGGUAAUCGCCAAAGAGAACGAACAUAUCGCAUUUGUUUGGCUCGAUCUCAAGACUCCAGAUAUGUGCGAGGGCAAAAACUGCAAUAAGAAAGUUUUACAUCCGAGCAAAUGCAAAGGAAACGAAAAAUGCUCCAUGAAAUCGUUGCAAGGGCUGACGCGAAAAUACCUGAAGCCUGCUGGUGUACGAGUCCUCUUCGGGUUUUAUGAUAAGCAUCACGCCAGUUCUGCCGCUUUCGACUACAUCCAGAAGAGUCUGGGCGAUGGUGAGGCAGUCUGUCUAAGCGGCGAGGCAAACAAAGUGAUGGAGAUCUUUAAGAAGGAAGGCCCUAAGAUUAAACCUAAGCGGCGAGUCAUGGACUAUGGAUGGACGGAACUCCCAAACGGGUUUGGAGAUUGCAACGAGAAAGGAAAGAAGACUUGUGCCGAGUUGAAGAAUGGAGCCAAGUUGCGACAAAGAGGGGAUCUCCAGAGAGUCUUUGCCUGGACUAGCCGUGUCGGAGAGGGGAAGUAUGUGAAUCAGCUGUUGGACAAAGCGUCCGUUGAUGGCAUCAUUUAUGGAUUCGCCAGAACGAGGUAUUAUCAUCACAAAGAUACUGAGAAAUCUUCGAAGGAUAUCAUUGACCAUGUCAAGAAGAGCAAGUCUCGAUACAUGGCCACCGGCGCUGACAAGCCUUGGUAG